AUGGAGCCGGUGCUUUUCUUCCUGCCAGAGGCCGCCUGUCCCGGAGCCCGGCCGGCCGUAGGUCCGCUUCCCGAGGGCCGAGCGCCCCGCCGGCUCCCUGCCUCGCCGUGUGCGGUGAGUCCGGCCCGGCGUGGAGGGGGGUCCCGGGAUCGGGGCUGCCCUGCCGACUCCGGCCCGGACGCCAGCCGCUCUAACCCGAUCUUUCCCCGCAGGGGGGCGCUGAGCCCACCGGGCACCUGCCGGCCAUGCAGGCGACGUGAACGUCGGGCGCCCGAGGGAGCGAUCCCGGCGGGGCCGGGCUAUGGCCCCCGGGGCCGGGUGAGCGCAGGAGCCGCCGAGGAGCCGCUGCCGCCGCCGCCGCCGCCGGGAGGUAAGGAGGGGGGCUGGCGAGCUCGUGGUCCCCGCGGGGAAAGGGCUGUGGGUGUGCGCAGUUCUGUCCCAGAGCGGGGAGAGGCGAAAUCGCUGGUCGUCGGGAAGGGGCGCGGGGGCCCUCCUCUUUGCUCCCUCCCCGGCCGAUCCCGGUGUAGGUAUUCCCCGUGGCUCUGACCAGGCCGCCGGUGACCGUGUGUCUCCCGUGCAGGGAGCGGAUUCGAUGCCCUGGAAGGGCCGGUACCCGAGGGCAGAGGGAGGCGCUUCCCGGCCCGGAUCCUCGGAGCAUGGUCCCCGGAGAGCCGCGCGCAGCAGGAGGCGCCCGAUCUGCCGAGACGGAGCGCGCGGUGAGUGCGGCGGGCGGGAAAGCGCGAGCGCAGCGCCCCCUAGACUGGGGCGGGGAGGAGAGAGCGGGGCAAAUGCGCGGCUGGGGGGGGGGCGGAGAAGCAAGACUCUGGAGCGGAGCAAGUAGGCAGCCUGUUCGGAAGGGGAGCGGGCGCUUGUCGCGGCAGGGCUGCUUCUCCGCCGCCGACCCGGGUAACUCUUGGCGGACUUCGAGCGCCUUCGUUCUCUAGAGGACCGCUUGCUCGGAGUCGAACCGCACGCUCGCUCGCUCUCUCGGUUCCCCGCAGCCCACAGCUCAGGUCUGCCUCGUGGCUCCAGUCUUAAGUUUUCCAGGCAGCUCCUCUGGAGAGAAUCGAUGGUUGAGUGUGUUGUACUGUAUGUGUGUGUGAGAGAGGCAGAGAAAGACAAGAGAGCCGGAUGCAGGGUGUCUCUUUGCCUUUUCCCAGGCGGUCCACGGUCCUCUUCUCUUCUAGAAUUUCUCUGGCAUUUCUCUGCGUUUCCUCCAGUCCAAGAGUGGCUAACCUUUGGCCCUCCAGAUAUUGCUGGACUACAACUAACAUCAUUCCUGACCAUUGGUAAUGUUGGAUGGGACUGAGGAGUCAUAGAAUCACAGAAUUGUAGGGUUGCAAGGGACCUCCAGGGUAAUCUAGUCCAACCCCCUGCAAUGCAGGAAUCCUGCUCAUGGUACCUGGGUGGACUUGACCCACCAAAACAGCCAGAUGCACUGACCCUACAGAGCCUAACAACUUCUAGCGAGCUCUCUGGGGCUGUUAGACCAGGCCUAUCAGGAAGGACCUCUCUGGCUUCCUCGGGCACUUCCAGUACAUAUUUCCAGCAGCAUUCAAAGGAGAGAGAGAGAGAGAGAAGAAUUCGACACAAUUUCUACAUCAUCAAAACUUGAGAAAUUCAGCUCUUCCACCUCAGUCACUGAGCCUACAAUGCUAUGCAAACUUACCUGAGAGCAGCGGGACUUACGUCUGAGUAAACGUGCCGAGGAUUGCACAGCAGGUCUGUUUUCCACUCCCCAUCACCACCGGUGUCCGGCAGCCCACUCCUCUUUUCUGCUGUGGUUCCGAUCCUGGCGUGACUUCUCUGUUGCUUCCUAGCAGAUAUAAUUCCUGCUGUUUUUGGUUACUGUUCAAGAGAAUGUGGCGUCAGGUUGCGAGUCCUGCAUUAGCUUGCUUGCUCACUUAGUCUUUUGACUGUGUUCGUUGUAGACACCGGGGACAUGUUGGGCUGCUCCGGUGGCUGAGUGUCCAGAGAUGAGGCUCCAGAACUGACACUUUGGCAUGCUGUUCCAGCCACAAGGGGUCCAGGAUAGCAUAUGCAUGGAUGCUUUACAAAGUGAGCAGGAUGUUCAGAGUUGUGGGGGUGGGGGUGGAGGAGCAGGAGAAGGGUGUAUAUUGGCUGCUCAUCAGCUUCAAGGAAGACUUUGCUGCCAACAUCUCUUUGUUUUGGAAAGUAAACAUAAAUCUUCAAACCAGCUUCCUUCAAAAACUCCUGCAGCUCUGCAACGGAAUGCCUUAGAGUCACCACUUCAGAUUGUUAUGACAGUUUGAGGCACCAGAAAGAUAAUAUUCUGUUCUCCCCGCCCGUACUAACCCAUUCCUUUCUUACUAGCCAUUGUUUUGUAUAUUUCCCUAAUUACCCACAAAUAGACGAUGUGGUCCUAUGUGCUCUGACUGCCUAUUUGGCUCUCCCAGAACCUGUUCCAAACACUCCUCCCUGAUUUGCGAAAUGCAGCACAAGCAGCCCUUCAUUUCUUAAUCGAAACAGCUGCAUGACAGGGGAAGAUGCUGUUUUGAUAAUGCCCUUGCCCCAGUGUGCUACUAGGUGGCACAUACCAGGCAGGAGUCUUCAGGAAUACAUCUCAAAGGAUUUGUGUCAUCCUUCUGACGCAGCUUCUGAAUUCAUUUUGCAGCCAGCAGUCAAUGGAUAAGCCUCCCCUCCCUUCCAUUCUUUUCAGUCCUCUUGGGUUUCCCUGGGAAUUGAACUUGAUUCCCCACCCCCAUAAUUCUGAUCCAGGUCUGUGGAAGACUUGCAUUAAUGAACAUGAGUCAAAUUCAGGCCUCUGCAUCAGAGGAGGCAUGGCUUUUCCACCCAAAGGUCUUGGGAAAGCGGAAAGAUGUCUUUGAAGCUUCCAGAGUUGUUGCUGGAAGCUGAUGACUCCCAGAAGCUCUGCAAUCAGUGUGGUUAUUACUCUGUGCUGGGUCUCGCAAGAUAUGGAGGCAAAUUUCCACUGGGCCUCAAUGUCUGCAUGGCUGGGGACUCUGCAUACUAGUAUGGUUGCCUGGAUGGCAGAAAAUAAACAGAAGAUCAGUAGUAUCUAUUAGGAUGUGCUUGGACAUUGGACCCAGAGGAUAUAAUUUCCACAUUUCACAGGUUGAUCUUCAGAAGCUAUUCUUUUCUCUACAAAAUCACUGGUAGGACCUCCCCACCUUCCAGGACAGACAUGGAUAUUCUGUGCAGGGCUUAAAGAUAGAGAUGUAUCUGUUUCAGUGGAAGGCUCAUAGACUAUAGAAUUGUAGUGUUGGGAGGGGCCAAAAGGGUCCUCUAGUCCAGGGGUAGGCAAUCUAAGGCCCAUGGGCCGCAAGCAGCCCACGGGGGUCAUUUAACCAGCCCACGAGCCGUCCCCUAACUGAGCAGCCCACUUGGCGAGUCCCCAUGCGCUGUGCUAAACCAGCACAGCACGGCACAGGGACUUGCUUUCACAGUGCCGGAAAUCACGUCUGCGCAUGCUCAGGCGCCGGAAAUUGCGGCCGUGCAUGCGCAAUCUGGCCCACGGAGGGAUCUCUGCUGGAGUGAACCGGCCCAGGCGAGGUAAACCUUGCCGACCCCUGCUCUAGUCCAGCCCCCUGUGAUGCAGGAAUUCUUUCCCCAAUGUGAGGUUUGAACCCAUGGCCCUGAGGUUAAGAGUCUCCUGCUCUACUGACUGAACUAUCCCAGGAAGCCUGUCUUUCUCACAGCUACCCGCACUGCUGCGUCUUUAAAUCAUUUUGGAACUCUUUGUUUCCCAGUCUGCGGAAUCAGGGCUAGGUUCUACCUCUUAGCCACUGAGAUGAGAUAAAAGGUUCCCCUCUGUGUGUGUGGUAUGGGCAGUGUAAAAAACGCAACAAAACUCUGGUUCUCUGUUGCCACCUUGUGGGAAUCUGAUAAAGUGCACAUCUCUGCAAACGACCAGAUUUCCCAGAUGUUCCCUCAUGCAGGAGAUGAAUCCUGUCUGGUCAGGUCAAGAUCAAUGCCAGUUGAAGGUAGUCUAAUAUCAAAGCUAGCUAAUUAAGGUGGUGGCAACUUCAGAUGGAAGGAUAAUCAAGAACCAAAAGGGUUUACCUUUGCAUCCAGCCUCUACACAAGCUCUUUUAAAAGGGCUCAGCUGUUUAAUACUCUGGGGAACCGCUCUCUGUAGUUGCAGGGCAGAAAGUAGUGUGAGGGCAGACUGUGCCUCUGAUAAAAUCUGGUGCUUCACUCAGUGGGUUAGCUCUAACAAUGAGCUUACAAUCUAAAAUUUCACACUGGGGUAAAACUGUCUGCAGUUGUGGGACAGGUGUGCUCAUAUCUCACAAAUCAUAGCAGUGGCAUAAUAAAGUACCCAUGUUGGAAGCACUUACUGUCAUAAUAGACUCUUCCAUGUGAGUUUUUCCUGGUUGCAUGCCUGGUGGCAGCCCUUACAAACCCCAAGCCAUUUGUGUGCAUGUCACCGUAAACAUGAACUAGCACAAAACCUUCAGAAAUUAUCAAGCUAGGUCUCAUCAGAGUUGGAACUGGCCAGGAACCUCUUUUGUCCCAGUCCUGGGUAGGUGCCUGAUCUUUCCAUGGUACCCCUCUAGAGACGACGAUGAAAUACAAGGAGCUGCAACACUCAUGCCUGUUUUAUUUCAGCACCAGCAUCCACAAGAUAGUUGCUUGCUGUGGAUAUUGGUGGUCUUAGCUGAUGCUAAGGAAAUGGCUUGUUUUAAUUUUUCAUUGGCCAAGAUACAUUAUUGGGACAGAGCCAUGGGAAUGUCUCAUAGCCCAACCCUGUUCCUGUUACAGACUCAUACCAGAUCCUAAACUGCAAACUUUCAGGUCAACUAUCUCUUGCAAGGGUCAUCUGAACUGCUUUUAUUUAGCUCAACUGACUCACUUAUCCAGAGAGGCUUGCAGUGCAGGGAGAAGUGUAGAUCUAGACAAGGGUGAUGUCUGGGCCACAGUAAGGCUGAAGGUGUAGAAAUUAGGCUAUCCAAUUAGGAAAGAAAGGUCCGGUUCCUGAACUGUGUCUUUGUGUUGCAGGUAGGAUGGAGUGGAGAGUGGAGGGGCCAAGGCACAGAUCGGACAGAUCUCCCUCUGCCUACAGGAGUUUGCCUGUCCAACAAGAGCGAUACAGGGUGAGUUAGCCUCGCCAGAGGGUGUUUUCAACACAAGAGCAGGAGCCUCAGAAGCAACGGGUAGGUAGAAAGGCCCUUGUCUGCAGGAGGAUCCCAGCUCUCCCAAUGUAUGAGAGAUGGAAUGGCUUCUUGGUACAUCACUUGCCUUGGGUUUCCAAUGCAUGAAUCUGGUUCUUUGCUGCUCUCUGUUAGCCUAGCCCAGUGUUUCUCAAACUUGGGUCUCUAGCUGUGGUUGGACUACAACUCCCAUCACCCCAAGUUAGCAGAACCAGUGGUCAGGGAUGAUGGGAGUUGUAGUCCAACAACAGCUAGAAACCCAAGUUUGAGAAACACUGGCCUCUCCCCUUGUGGGAACCUUGUCUUGGAGGGCCGCAUUGUACAUAGCAGUUUUUUUACAUAGGUUUCAUUUUUAUGUAGGCCAAAGCUUGUCCAUUGCUCAUGUGAACUUGCAUAUGUCUUCUUUGCUGCAUGCAUCUAUAACUGUAGCUUCUCACUUGGCAUGCAUGUGAUGAAAUGGAUUCCUGGGCACCUUUAUCUUUUCACAUAAUGGUGCAAUUAUGGCACAUAUACAUGGCCAGCAUGUGUUUUCCAGCACAGAAGUGACACCCAGGUUAGAAGGUGAAGUAGCCUCGAGACUCCAGCACAACACAUUGCCUCCUCAUCGCACCUUCCUUUGUAGGACAGCCCUGCUGCAUUCUCUGUGCCCUUGUUUCCAUGAGGUGUGCUUACUGAGGUGUGCCAUUAUCUCUUUCGUAGGAGCGGGGUUUGUGGGGUACAAUCACCCUGCUAUCAUUGUUUGCUGGUGCAGUCAUGGCAACCCCGCAGACCUGGCACAACAACCAGACAUUGGGAGCUGCCUCUGAUGGAAGCAUGGGCACUGCCAGCCCUGCCUCUCUGGAGGAAAACAGCAGGGAAGCAUCAUCACUCGGCACAUGGAGCCACUGGCACGGUAGGAACCUGGCAUGUCUCAUGGGGAAGUGGGUGAGAGUCUGGGGUAGUGAGGAUCUGAACUUUUCCCAGUUGGAUCCUCACCCACACAGUGGUCCCCAGCUUCCUUUGUCUCAGGCACUGCUGUGAUGCUUUGCCUCUCUUUAAAUCAUUUACCCACCCCCAUGUCCUUUGAAACAGGCAGUCCAUUUGCAGAGCAAAUGGAAAUAGGUAUAUUCUGCCUGUUAUCUUUUGGGCAGAUUGAGCCCCAUGCCCUUUUCCUUGAUUCCCGGUGCCUAACAUUCUCCCCAUGUCCUCCUUUCUGCUCGCCCCUCUUCUUUUUUUCCUUCAGGGGGAAACGUGACCAUAGACAGGCUGAGCUCUUCGGAACUGCUCAGGGCUGAGCGCUCCCCAGCCAGCUCCAGCAAGGCCAAGAAAGGAUCCAAGAAAGCCGGUCGCAGCAAAAACAGCCGCUUCUGCCGCCUGCACAGCCGCCUGGUGAAGGUGCGGGACCUUGGGCUGGGCUUUGAGUCGGAGGAGAUUGUGCGGUUCAAGUACUGCAGUGGGUCGUGCCAGCGAGCCCGCACCAACUAUGACUUGGCCUUGAGUAGCCUGCUACAGCAACGCACCAUCGUGCCUGGGCCUCAUGACCACCCUUCCUCCCACCCCUGCUGCCGCCCCACCCGAUAUGAGGACUUCUCCUUUAUGAAUGUGCGCAAUGCCUGGCAGACUGUGGACCAUGUCUCAGCAGCAGAGUGUGGCUGUGUGGGCUGAGGGGGCUGCCUACUCUGAGCUCGCAGUUUGUCACUGAGGCUGCAGCCAUGCCUAGGGCCUUGCUCCAUUGGUGGGGCAUGAGACACGGAGAGACACGGUCUGUGGUGGGGCUUUCCAGGUCAGGCAGAAGCAGCACAUGGACAAUAAGCAGGAGGAGAGCAUGAUGGCCACAGCUCGAAGGUGCCUGGGCCUUCAUCUCCACAUCUGUGGAACAUUUUCAUAGGGUACUUUCCUCAUAGCAGCAAGAUGGUGAGAUGGAGGCCAGCCAAGCCUUUGAGGACUGCAAACCCACACGGGGAGGAAUUCUCCCCUUUAGGGUUUGGUCCGUCAACCGUGUCGUGCAUUUGCUCACCCAUCAAGUUGCACCCUCCAGUGGAGAAGCAGCACUGGGAUUUCCCAUACCUUUACUCAAGGGAUGAAGGAUAGGGAUGUAGCCUGAAAGACCUGUGGUGCAAAUGGGUAGGUUCUUGAGCAUCACUCCUUGCCACUUUGUCAGGCAGUGGAAAGAAUUGGCUGCUCGCUCAGGUCACCUGGCCCUGUCAAUUGCAAGGCUGAUGUUCUCUCCCACUUUAAGCCCCCAAACCUUUCCCUGAGCAAAUUGGUUUGCUCCAUCAGAGAGCAGAUGUAGUUGAACACGAAGGACAGAGUCACAAUGCUUAGCAGCAGCAUCAGGGUCAACCUACAACUGGUGAGCUUGUGCUCUGACGGUCCAGCGAUUACUACUGCUGUCAGUCUUGUGCUGGGAUGUUCGGCACAGUUGUUGAGGACUGAAUGGAGCACCUUCCUGGUUUUGUACUAAGAUGGUGGUAAUUCUUAGAAUCUUUGACCUGGUUUGGGGAGCUUCUCCUGGUGAGAACAAGCCCUUGGCAGAUGGGAGGCUGGUGGCUGGACCUUGUGGAGAUCGAGAAGCACAGCUGAUGGAAGUCUUAUGUUUCCACAGCGUAAUUAAGGCAUCUAUUGCUAUAGAAAAUGGUCUUAUCCUAUAAAACCAAUGAUGGUGUUAACAUCCUGGUUUGCAACAUUCCCUAACACACCAGCAGCAGCUUGGAGUUUGGCCACUACAGUUGCCAGGCCAACACUGGAAGCAGCAAUAGCCCCUGCCAAUCCCUGAGUCAGCCAUCACUUGGUGCCAGCAGGGUGGGGAACUCUCUGUCCUAGAAGUGACACUUUCUGAACAAAGUUAUUUAUUCUCUAACUUAUUUAUUUAUUUGUUUGAACCCCACUCCCCACCCUACCCACCCAGUGGCACCUAUUUAUGAUGCUGAGAGUCGGGCCUGGUGUACCAUUGAAAACGGGUGCUGAUGUUAUGUCCCGGCCUGUGACCAGCAGUUCCUACUCCCUUUUCCCUUCUUGGCCUGAUCAAAGGCAUUUCCUCUUUUUCCUUUCCUGAUUUUUAUAUUCUCUACCCUUUAUUUGCAUUUGAAUAAACUCUAUUUUUGUACAGCAGCAACUUCCUGUAGCAAUAAAGCCUGUUAAGGCAGUGAGAAA